UUCAGAAUCUGGAGAACCUUAUGUUCCAAGUGUCUUUUUCAGAUAGUUUCUACCUGUAUCACCCAAGGCAAGUGGCAAUGUGUAGAGUAUGCCAGCUAAAUGCGGAAUUUGGCAGAUGGAAAAGUGUGGCCUCGGCUUUGCAACCCAGCAGUACAGUUCAAUGUGGUGGUCUCAGCCUUUUCCCUGAGUGAACUGCCCAGCAAGGCUGAGCGCGCUGAGGUCGUUCAAACCCUGUGGCACAAGACAAGUAAUUUUCUGAUACUGGUGGAGAAUGGAACAAAAGCUGGGCACUGCCUGCUCAUGGAAGCCAGGGACCUCGUCCUUAAGGGAAAGGAGAAGUCACCUCUGGACCCUCGACCAGGUUUUGUCUUUGCCCCAUGUCCUCAUGAACUUCCGUGUCCCCAGUUGACAUCCUCUGAGCCCCUUGCCUGUAGCUUUUCCCAGGCUUACCACCCCGUCCCCUUCAGCUGGCAGCCAAAGGAGGAAAAGUUCUCGAUGGUGAUCCUUGCCCGAGGGUCUCCAGAGGAGGCUAAUCGCUGGCCCCGGAUCACUCAGCCUGUCCUUCAACGGCCACACCAUGUGCAUUGUCACCUGUGCUGUCCAGAUGGGCAUAUGCAGCAUGCUGUGAUCACAGCCCGCCGACACGGCAGGGAUUUGUAUCGCUGUGCCCGUGUCAGCUCCUGGGGAGAUCUUUUACCUCUGACCACACCGUCUGAGCUUCCUCCGGCCGCUAUUAUAGAUCCCCCUGAGAGCUGACAAGGAUGU